AUGACGUCGAUAGGAACAGGCUAUGAUCUCUCUAACUCCGUCUUCUCGCCCGAUGGACGAAAUUUCCAAGUCGAAUACGCCGUGAAGGCGGUGGAAAACGGCGGGACCUGUAUCGGUAUUCGGACAAAGCAUGGAGUGGUUCUCGCCUGCGAGAAGAUCAUCACCUCAAAGCUACUGAAGCCUGGUUCCAAUAAGAGAAUAUCCACGGUUGACCGUAAUGCCGGCAUCGUCACUUCCGGACUACUACCAGAUGGCCGUCACCUCAUCAGCAGAGCAAGAGACGAGGCCAGUAGUUGGAGACAAACAUACAAAGCCCCCAUUCCCAUACAUGCUUUGGCGUCAAGGGUAGGAGGUUAUGCGCAGGCAUACACUUUGUACUCCAGCGUACGGCCCUUUGGGGUAACCGCCAUUUUGGGUGGCUGGGAUUCUGAAGCGGAACACGGCGUAGAUGGUCAGGUUGGAGAAGGUCCUGCGUCAGGCGCGGGAGGCAAAUUGGAGGGCGAAGCUGUCAAACGAGGUGGUCCAGGUCUCUAUAUGAUCGAGCCCAGUGGAUUGUACUGGGGCUACUACGGUGCUGCAACAGGCAAAGGCCGGCAAGCUGCCAAAGCUGAGCUGGAGAAGCUUGAUCUGGGUUCACCAACCUGUGCUAUUACCCUCAAAGAAGCCGUCAUGGAAGCUGCCAGGAUCAUCUACGUCGCGCAUGAAGACUCGAAAGACAAGGAAUUUGAACUCGAGAUGACCUGGAUCUCAAGUCUCGACGGUCCUACCAGGGGCCGACACGAGCAUGUUCCGCAAGAGUUACUUGAGGAGGCCGAGAAAGCAGCGAAGAAGAGCUUGGAAGGAGACGACGAAGACGAAGACGAAGAGGAUGCCAUGCAGGAUUAA